AUGUUAGAACAUAAAAAAAACACUUUUUUUGGAACUCAAGGAAAAUCAUUGGAUGGCAAAAAAUUUGAUUGUUACAUAGUUGGAGUCGCCGGCGGUAGUGGAAGUGGAAAAACUAGUGUCUCAGAGCGAAUAAUCGCGAACUUAAACGUACCAUGGGUAGUAGUUUUAAGCAUGGACUCUUAUUAUAAAGUUUUAACGCCCGAACAAAAGAUCGAGGCUUUAAAUAACAACUAUAAUUUUGAUCAUCCUAAUGCCUUCGAUUUUGAUUUACUAUUAGAAAAUUUGAAAGAUUUAAAAGAAGGAAAGAGGGCUGAGGUUCCGAUAUAUGACUUCGUGACACAUUCUCGACUACCUCAAACAAAUACUUUAUAUGGUGCAAAUGUCAUUAUAUUUGAAGGCAUUUUUGCACUCUAUGAUCGUAGGAUUACAGAUCUGAUGGAUUUGAAGAUUUUUGUGGAUACUGAUUCUGACAUUCGGCUUGUUCGUCGAUUGAAACGGGACAUCGAUCAGCGUGGCCGUGACAUAAAUGGUGUUAUACAGCAAUAUCUUAAUUUCGUCAAGCCCGCUUUUGAUCAGUAUAUACAGCCUACUGUGAAGAAUGCAGAUGUAAUAAUUCCUCGUGGUCUUGAGAAUUUAGUGGCAAUUGACUUAAUUACUAAACAUAUUCAACGACAACUUAAUGAACGUCGUUAUAAUUUUCGGUGGGAGCUCUUGAAAAAAAUAGAUUACAAUGGAGAACUGCCAAAAAAUGUAAUAGUGCUCGACCAGACGCCUCAAUUGAAGGGCAUACAUACAAUUAUGCGCGAUCGUGACACGCAACGCGAUGAUUUCAUUUUUUAUUCAGAACGUCUUGCAACUUUAGUUAUUGAACGUGGUCUAGCAGAAAUUACUGUCAGAGAUCAUAAAGUCACAACCUCACUUGAUAUACCAUACAUGGGCAAAAAAUGUGAUGAACAGCUUUGUGGCGUUUCCAUUCUUCGUGCUGGUGGAAUAAUGGAAGUUGGUCUCCGAAGAGUUGCUAAGGAUGCAUUUAUUGGUAAAAUUUUAAUUCAAACCGAUCCGACGACUGGUGAACCACUGCUUCAUUUUGCUAAACUUCCGAACAAUAUACACGAUUGUUAUGUUCUUCUUAUGGAUGCUCAAAUUGCGACUGGUGCAGCAGCGUUGAUGGCUAUUCGUAUUCUACUAGAUCAUAAUGUGCCCGAGGAUCGAAUUAUUUUCCUGACACUUCUCGCAACUCGCUUAGGACUUCAUGUAAUUUCUAAUGCAUUUCCUUUGGUCAAAGUAUGUACUUCAAUGAUCGACCCAAAAAUAAACGAAGAAACUUUAUUUAUUGAACCAGGAGUGGGCAAUUUUGGUGGUAAUAUAUUGAUUGCAUUUACCUCAAGUGUUACAAUUGAACGUGAGACUCCCAAUUAA